CCCCUCUCCGUCCUCACCUGGCUCACUGAACAGUCACAUGGCCUUGAUGCACUCCUGGAACUCCUGCAAGAUGCUCAAAUGCCCCAAAUGUAACUGGCACUACAAGUCCCAGCAGACACUGCAUGCCCACCUCAGAGAAAAACACCCUGCGUCUGGGGGCUUGGGUGUGUGUGUGUACUGUAGCACGGGGAAGGCCCACCCUCGUCUGUCCCGGGGAGAGAGUUAUGUUUGUGAGUACAAACCCUACCGCUGUGGUGUGUGUGAUUACACAACCUCCUCUAAAGGAAACCUCAGCAUACACAUGCAGUCAGACAAACACCUCAGCAACGUACAGGUAGCAGGACACACACACCCUGCGCACGGCACUCACACACACUCCGCACACAAUGGUGGCUACGCUGUCAGAGACACGGCAGGCGAACAGGGCUACGGACGCACACACCCCACAGUCACACAGCCCCCUGCACACACAACACCCUACCUCAGCCAGCCCCCUUCCCACGGUAAGAGGUGGCGGUGUGAGGUGUGUGAUUAUGAGACCAGCAUUGCCCGGAAUCUGCGCAUACACACCACCAGCGAGAAACACAUGCAUAACGUGCUGCGCCUGAAACAAACACCCAACGUGUUGCAGAGAAGCUACUACCUGGCCCACUGCAGGAGUCUGCCUCCUCAACUCACACUGCUACACAGCAUAGUGUUCCAGUGCCUGGUGUGUUCCAGUUUCUCCUCUGACAGUCUGGAGUCUCUUAGGUCUCACCUGAGCGCCCCCUGCUCCCUGCCCCAGUCUGAGUGGCGCUCUCUGGUGGCUGGAGGCUGCUACUGCAGGCUGUGUGGCUACAGCACCCCCCUCAGGGCUAACUUCACCCUGCACUGCCAGACAGACAGACACAGGGCACAGUACCAGCUGGCUUCCCACCUCUGGGAGGCCGGGGACAGGGAGGAAUUUGUGAAGUUGGUUGCUACAGGCAACCCAGUCCAGCUGAAGUGUAACUUGUGUGACUUCCAGACCACCAGCUUGGAGAAACUGAAAAUACACAGCAUCAACCCCCAACACCAGGCCAGCCUCAGAGUCUACAGGUUCUUACAGCAGUAUGACAGUGCAGUAGAUGGAGGGUCCUGGUUGUUCCAUUGUGUCCUGUGUAACUACUCCUCCUGUUCUAAACUCCACCUAUUGAGACAUACCCACUCCCCUGGUCAUCAGAAGAGGGAGUUUCACUACUUGCAGUUAGUGAGAGGGAGGAGCCUGGAGGAAGGGGAGGGGCUAGCGGCUACUUUCACCAUUAGGAAGUGUCCCAGUCCUGAGACAGGUAAGAGACUUAGCUGGUCAUUUCCAAAUCCCUCCUAUCUGAAGUGUGGAAGCAUUGAGGAGGGGGAGAGGAGAGAUUCCCUUUCUCCAGCCAAGCGAUCGUUCUCUGGGCUGGAGGAGACACAGAGCCCCCUCUCUCCCAAACGCCCCAGAACAGACCAGCGCACUACUCACCAACAGGCUACUGCCAAGUGCCCACUGUGCCAGGACACACUGGUAUACACACACCUGAGACGCCACCUCAUACUCAUACACAGUGUGGUCCAGGACUGUGUGGACAAGCUCAUGAGUAUGGUGGCAGUGGAGCUGCCUGAGAUUCUGCAGAAAGAGACACUGCAGAUGGAGUCCCACUCAAAUAUAAAAGAAUCUCAAACAAACGAUUGCAACACAAACAGCUCUUACACGAAGGAAUCCCUCACAAACGAGCCUCAAACAAAUGACUACCAUACAAAAAAAGAAAAAGUAAUCACAGCCAAAGAUGUCCCUGCUCUUCUGACUCCUCCCUGUAAGGACCAGCACCCAGCAGAGGACAACACCUCUCACCUCCUUGAGUCCCCCAGCUCUCCCCCUUCCCCACCCACUCUUUCCUCUCUCUCCCCCAGCAACCUCCCUUCAUCCACUUUACCCCCGUCUCCUCCCAGUGAUGCCCCUCCCCCCUCCGAUUGUCAUGGUUACAGGUUUCGCUGCGGCAGGUGCAGUCUAGCGGUCCGAAGGCAGAAGAAGCUGCAGCUGCACUGGCAGUACCACGCCAUGAGGGCGGCAACAGAGUGCCACCUCUGCCCCAGACGCUGCCGCAGCCAAGAGGCCCUGCAGAGACACCUGCUCAACACACACCUACAGGACCUACACCUACAGGGUACACACCCUGACCAGAGUGGAGCACACAUCCAACAACCAAUCAGCCUGGAGGGGGAGGAAGAGGAGGGGGAGAGUAUGAGUGAAGAAGAGACGGAUAAGGAGGAAGAUGAUGAGGAGGGAGAGCAGGGAAAGGGAGAUGAAGGAGAGGAGGAUGAAAAGGAUGACCCAGAUGAGGAGGAGGAGAGGCCCAGUUCAGGGGUUGGUGACAGUGACCAGGGUUCAAGGCAGCAGGAGGAGAAGGAGGCAGGGUCAGAACCCAACCCCUUCAGCAAGGGCUUCAACCCCACUCUGGAGCGGUUCCUGGACCCGGCUCGGCCCUACAAGUGUUCCUUCUGCUGUGAGUCCUUCACUCAGAGAACCAUCCUGCCGGUCCUCUAUAACUCUCUGUCCCACCGAGCCAGAGCCAGACGGGUCCUGCAGGACUCCAGCCCCAGUCCCCCUGACACCCGCUGCAGCCCGGCCCCAGAGCCAAGUUCCUACCGCUGCCGAAUGUGUCGGGUGGCUUACAGCCAGAGUUCCACCCUGGACAUCCACCUCCGCUCUGUACUGCACCAGACACGAGCCCGUGGAGCUCGGACCCAGCUAUCACUGAACCCCCACACCUUGGUUCAGACCACUUCCUCCAGCCGUUCACCAGGGGGAGGAGAGGUAUCUACCAGGGGAACCACCCCAACAGCCACCAGAUCAGCCCCUUCCUCCCCAAGUCCCUGUUCCUCCCUCAGUGAAGCCCAGCUGAGUGUGGGUGUCUCUGGGAAGGCUGAGGGCCACCAGGCUAAGAGGCGGAGAGUAGAGGACCUGACAGCAUCUGGAGGACAGCAGGACCUAACGUUACUCCAACAGCAGGUAGCCCAGGCCCAGAUGCCACAACAGCAACAUAAGUUAGCCCAGGCCCAUAUACAGGAACACACAGCCCUCCUCCAGCCCCAGCUCUUUAGUCCAACACUGCUCCCGCACCUCCCCUUACUGCAGCAGAACCUCUUAAAGCAGUUCCUCCCUUCAGCAGCAGAGAGUCUCCAACAGAGGAACCUCCUCUCUCCCCUCCAGUUCUCCCCAGACAGCCUGUUUUCUCUACAGCAGCAGAUGAUCCAGUCCUUCUACCUCUCUGGAGGUCUGCAGCUCAACCCUAACAUGAACUUUAGUCAGAUCACCUCUGCCCUCUCCUCUCAGACAAAUGGGCUUAAACAUCCCUCUCCAAAGCUGGUGACAACUAGCAUCCAGUCUCCAGCCCAGCCCCCGAAAUGUGAGACUCAGGCUGAGACAGCUGACAGUGACUCCCCCCUUCACCAGACGGAGAAAGAGUCAAACCCAUCCUCCUCUCCUGAGGGAGAUGGAGAGAUGCAGGAGAGCAAGAAGAGGGAUGGAGCAGAGAAGGCUCUCAGAGUUCUGCUGGAGAGAUAUGGCUGGGAGCUGGCCCUGCAAUCCAAUCAGAGCAGACAGAGACAACAGAACAGAGAGACGGGUGGAUGCCUGGAGGAGGAGAAGCAGUGUGGAGAAUGUGGGAAGCAGUUCUCUGACUCUCUGAUCCUGAAGAGCCAUCAGGAGUUUGUUCACCAGCAAAUGAUCACUCCGGUAGUGUUGGAGACGUUCUCCAGACAGUAUGACUGUCUCUACCCCCUCACACCCUUCCCUGUGGCAGACAAUGAUAAUACUGUUGUUGCACGUCUAACCCCAGCCACAGCACCUGUACUUGCACCCUUACCCCCAGCACCAGUCUCUUAUUCAAUCCUUGAUCAAGCCCAAUCCCUCUCCCAAGCCUCAGCCAUAGGUCCAGACCAAGCUGUACCAACCACACCAGCAUCUGUACCUGUAACCCUGUCCACAGACCAAGCCCCAGUUAAUUCCUUCUGCCCAGCCCAAGCCUCACCAACACCCUCUCCUCCUCCACCCUCUUCCCAAACACAACCACUUCCAGAGCAGCAGCAGGACACUAUGACAUCGACAACCACCUCUGCCACCUCUCCAACUAUCAUACCCCAGUCCAAUCUCUCCAUGCAUUUCCCCUUAUCCCAACUCCCCCUGCCCCCUCUUCCUUUACCAAGCCUCCCCACUCUUCCCUUCCCCAUAGACCUCUCUCUCCUCCCCCUUGGUCUAAUGGAGCCCAUAGCACUCCAGUCUAUGCUUCAGUACCAGUCCCUGUUAUCAUCGGGCCACCAACCACCCCUAUCCCUAUUCACCAACGCUCACUCCACCCACAAACCAUCUCUACCCUCAUACACGAACACACACUGUGCUCCUAGCCCAUCUCUACCCCCAUACACUAACACACACUGUGCUCCUAGCCCAUCUCUAACCUCAUACACUAACACACACUGUGCUCCUAGCCCAUCUCUACCCCCAUACACUAACACACACUGUGCUCCUAGCCCAUCUCUAACCUCAUACACUAACACACACUGUGCUCCUAGCCCAUCUCUAACCUCAUACACUAACACACACUGUGCUCCUAGCCCAGCCCUGCCCUUUCUGAAGCGUAGGCUGGAGGAAGGGACAGCGGUAACGCCUAUGAGGGAUGUGAUGGACGGUGAGAGAGAGGGAGAGAGAGAGGGUGAUGAGCAGAGGAGGGAUAGGCGCCAGAGGACCACCAUCAGUUCGGAGGAGCUAGAGGUUCUGUACCAGCGCUACAGUCUGAACUCCAACCCAACCCGCUCUGUACUGGAGGGCAUCACCAGGGACACAGGCCUGAAGAAACGUGUAGUGCAGGUAUGGUUCCAGAACACCAGGGCUCGUCAGAGGAAGGGCCAGCUCCAGACCCUGGGGAGAGGAGGAGGAGGUCUGUGUCUGGGUGACAACCACAGGCGCUGUCCGUUCUGCAGGGCUCUCUUCAACGCUCAGAACGCCCUGGACGCCCAUGUCAGGGCACACCACUGUUCACAGACUGACAGAGCUGCCUAUGGCUCAUUUCAUCAGAUGGGUCCUGCAGAUGACUCCAGCUUCUCUCACAACCAUUGAUCCUACAGAGACAGGGAGGGUCCCUCUCUCUCCAUCAAGCCUUUUCCCUCUCUCCCACCAUCCUCCUCUCUCUCUCUCCCUCCCUCCAUCCCUCCCCAAGCCCAUUUCAUCCCUCCCCAAGCCCAGGGGGCGUCCCCACUGAGAGAACAUACAUUUCUGGGAAAACCGAUUUGUCCUUUGACCUGAACAAACCCCAAAUUGAAGAGGAGGAGAAAGAAAAGGAAGAGCAUCUGUCAGUAAAAAUAUUCCCUUCGUCUGACCAGGCUCAUGAGGCUAACCGUAGCAAUCUGUUGUCUCUGGGAUACAAUUAUGGAAUGGCGAGCUUCAACGUUCAAGACUGUGACCAGAACACCAGUCCAAGUCUGUCUGAGUGUGGAUAGGCAUGUAUCGAGACAGCAGCAGAGGCAGCGUACCCAGAUGACCCACCAGCAGGUUGCCCAACUCCGUCUGCUACAGGGAGCAACCCAGCCCCCUGCGGUGUGAGGGCCUGGCAUGCAGGGUAGUGCAGGUGUGGUUUCAGAAUAACCGGGCCAAAGAGAAGAGGGCCAGGAGCCUUAGAGUCGACCCAACCACAGGAUAGAGAGAAAGACUGCAGAGGACAGGGGAGAGAACACACAGCCAUGAAACAAGUGCACGUCAGUCACAACAAUGAACCAACCACACACACAGCGAUGAACCAACCACACACACAGCGAUGAACCAACCACACACACAGCGAUGAACCAACCACAUGCCCAAGAAGCCAAAGAUCAUUCUACCCUCCUCAGCCCAAAAACAUCACAGGGCAGACCUCCUAGAGCUUUAAGACACCACUCCUCUGUUCCUCCCUCUCUCCUCUCCUGUCCUUUCUUCCAACCGAUACCUCAGGAGUUAACCCCUCCAUGCCAACAGAUGUCCCUGUCGAGACCAUAUCAUCAUAUCAAUCUUCCCACUUCUGUUUAAAGACAUUACUAGUGUUGUAGUUCUGUUGCAAGUACGAACAGAUUCUAUCAAGAUAGUCUAAGACGUUUGGUGUAUAGAACGUUCUUUCAAAGUAAAAGAACUGAAAGAAACAAAAAUAAAGAAUAUUCUUCACAAAGAGCUUCUGCAAAGACUGGCUUGGAUUCCAAAGCUCGUAACCAAAACCUUACAUGUCCUUGGAUUGUGUUGUCAACAUGGUGGUUUUCAUUUCCUGAACUGCAGUACAGACCAUACAGUGAAGGGUAGAUCUGAGAGCGGUUUAGUACCAGGUGUGCACCAAAAGACUGACUGGCCUAUGUGGUGCCGAAGCAGACCUCAACCUUCUCAAGCCAAUGAUGACUCUAAUGCACAUGUAAAUGUUCCUUAUGUGGAUAAUAGGCCAAAUAGCACUGAGCUAAGUCCACUUUGUCCUUUAAGAGAGAUGUCAUAUAAGAAGCUAUUUUGAUAAUGUCCAACCAAUAUAUGUCACAACAACUCCAACCAAACAUUACACAACAUUGUUUAGUAAAUGUUAAUGAAUAUGAAUAUUAUGGAUUGACGGUUGUUGUUAUGCUUUGAUAAGACAAGUGUUAUUUUGUGGUUUAUGAGAACAUAAUGUAGGUGUUAUGAUGUGGAGUUUAGGUAAGAUGUUACCACGCACUCUAACCAUCUCUCUCUCUGUGUAUGACGUCUUCUUACUCUCUCUGUAUUAAUAUUACUGUAGUAAUUAUGAUGAUGAUAAUAACAGUAAUAACUAUGCUAAUAUAUAAUGCUUUAAAACACAACCCAAAGACAUAAUAACACUGUAACCAUUGGUGCAUAAAGCCCACAAAAACAACUUGAAAAGUUAGCUUGAUAAUGUAUAAUUGAAUGAUGGAAAGAAGAGAGACUGUAUAAGAACUGCUGUAUCUGCCUCUUCACCAGGCCACUGGUGACUGUAUACUGAAAUCUCCAUGCAACCUACUACUGUACUAGGAUGGAGUAGCACUUCUCAAAGCCAAACUCCCCAGGCCAUAGUGCACUAGGUAUAUGAGUACUCAGUAGGGAAUCAAACCCCAGCCCCUAGUGUACUUAGUAGAAGAGUACUCAGUAGGGAACCAAACCCCAGUCCCUAGUGUACUUAGUAAAAGUACUCUACUCAGUAGGGAACCAAACCCCAGCUCCUAGUGUACUCAGUAGGGAACUACUUCAGAGCCAUUGCAGUAGAUUGGUUGAAAUUCUUUCCUCCUCAAUGUAACCAACCAGAUAGAUUGUUUCAACUCAGUCUUUGAGGAUGUCCGGUUUGCUGCUAACGUAUUUUGUAAUGUUGUAAUAACUGUUAUAUGAUGCAGUUUAUAACCUGACCUUUAAUUCUGAUGUUAUCAAAGAGAUACUUGGGGCUCCAGUAUUUACUCAUUAAUGAAUUACUAUGUGACAGUGGUUUCUAAACAAAGCUACAAAGAAGAUAAGAUACUUCUAUACUGAAGAUCCUGCAUAGCUAUGCUGAUUGAUUGUAUCUAGCCCUAAACCUUCCACAGGUCUGUGUACCAGUCUGUUUCUGCUCUUGUGUCACUGGCUUGUUUAGCCAUGUAGCUAGCCAUGUUUGUCUCUGCUUUAGGCCAGGCAACAAUGUAGCCAUGUAGUGACAUAGACACGUAUCCUUGCAGCCAUGUAGCGGAGUAGCCACAUAGUCAUGUAGCCACACAGAUUGUAACAAUGUAGCCAUGCAGCGAAACUGGACACAGAAACCAGGCUAACCUUCCAAAGGAUGCUAACUAACUCAGUUUUAGCUCUAAAACUAACCACAAUACCAAUGAUCUUUUUCUGUACUGAAAUUCCAAAUACUGUACUACAUGGCAGUUAUGUACAUAUUGUUGUUUUGUUCCUUUUCCUCAUUUGAUCAUUUAACUGUAAGAUGUAAAUAUUGUGUUUUGUAUUGUUCCCGGAGGCUGUUGCCAUAGUGAUAACCAAAAUAUACCUGUGUUGUGCACCUGUCCCAGUCUCUUGCUCCAGUGGUUGUUUGUUCGUUCUCCCCAGUUCUCCUACAGAUGUUUUCUCCCCCUCCCCACUCUAUAGCCACUGAGGUAAAUAAA